AUCUCUCGAUUGAAAUACAGUUUUUGGUUCAUAAAAAAGCGCUUAUUCUGAACGCGAUCUGUGGUGGUGCUACUGCUGCAGAAACAUCAAGGCAAAACCAAAACCCCCAUUCACACACCCGCUAGGGUAUUUUUCUUCUGCUAACCCAACCAAAUGGCUGAUCCUGAGCUGGAAGCAAUCAGACAGAGAAGGAUGCAGGAGCUUAUGGGUCGGCAGGGAGCGGGAAAUCAACCCAACCCUGAACAGCAGAGUGCUCAGGAGGAUGCAAAGAGGGAGGCAGAGGAAAGAAGACAGAUGAUGCUUAGUCAGAUACUGUCUGCUGAGGCACGAGAAAGACUUGCUCGAAUUGCUUUGGUGAAACCAGAGAAAGCAAAAGGUGUUGAAGAUGUUAUAUUGAGAGCUGCUCAAAUGGGUCAGAUAGCUGAAAAGGUUACUGAAGAAAGGCUCAUAACUCUGCUGGAGCAGAUUAACAGCCAAACAGCAAAGCAAACAAAAGUUACAAUACAGAGACGUCGAAGUGUUCUUGAAGAUGAUGAUUAGCUUUCACCAUCUCUUAACUUGUUUCCUGGGCAAUGAUUUCAUGCUUAGUUAUGUAUGUAUUUUAUUGACCAACUAUUUUAUUAGUGGGUUGUGAAAUAUGUUUUACUUUGAAAUUUUGGGCUUGUUGCCUGGCCACCAAACACCAAAUUAAACUGCAUAUUUGAAAUAUUUGUGCGAAUGAAUGGAAGUGAAUGA